CUCCUGCUCCAGGGGCACAAUGUGGUCCACCAGCAAGGAGGGAUGGAUGGAAGAAGAGCAACAGACUGAGAAUUCAAGACCUCCCCAAAAGAAAGCAAACCUAGCUGCAAUCAAAAGAAAGAAACGUGGCAAGUUUCUUUUACCUAACCUGAGGGACAGGAAAGGAAAACUCUCUUCAUCUCAAGAUGCAGAUCAGGAGAUGUUCAAAUGUGAAUGCCACUUCUGCCAGAAAUAUGGGGGAAGCACGUCUGGGAUGUCUGUGGGUACCAGGACAGAAGAGACCUUUCAUUCACGCUCCUUAGAAAAGCUGGCACUAGACCUCAGUAACAUGACACUCAACCCAUGUACCAACCGUACCCCUCUUAUGCAAAAAAGCACAGAGAAAAUAGAAAAUGACAAUGUGCAUUACAAACAGAACAGCAAGCGUCUAGUUAAAAUGCUUCUUCAGGAAUGGACAGAAUAACUCUGGCCUUGACACCUAAUUUUGAAGAUGACAAGAACCUACAGGAUCGUGAAUGUCAAUAUCACCAACCACUCCCUGGGGUAAUUUCUUUUGGGGCGCAUCCUCAAAAGGAGUAACAAUGUACAGUCUUGUAACAAUAACACCAUCACAGGCUGAGACUCAAACCUA